AUGGGGGGAUUCAAGAUUGAGGGCUACGCAAAAACAAAUUUCACGUUUCAACCAAAGUUCGGUAGACGUGUUUGGGUCGUCGACUUUGAUCAAGAUGUGAUUAGCAUAGAGGAAAAAAAAUUUGCAUCCAGUGAAACCCAAAAGAGCAAGGUUCGACCGAAUAGGCUCAUUGGAAGGCUUCCCGAGGAGAAUUUACUUAUGAGGGCAUAUUACAGAUCCUCCGACAUUUUUGAGACUUCUGGAGGAGAGAAAAGAACCACUGGGAUGUUUUUGGAUAGAGAAAUAGAGCAAUAUGAGAAGGGCUCGGGUGGGACUGUUUUUUGGGCAACCAAGACAAAGGAUUUUGCCGAUUCAAGGCUGACGAGGAGACAUGGGUUGAUUGGGAGGGUUGAGUCGGGUUUGGGCGGGUCCGAAAAGGCUGGGCUGAGUUUGAAUCGGGCUGGGUUGGAUUCGGGCCGGACUGAAGGGUUUGGGUUUCGGUUCGAGCUUGGCAAGGAGAGGUUGUAG